AUGUUGACAUUCCAGGGCUCCCAGUAUGAGCUGAAGGACAGUCCGGGGGCCCACCCGGCUUCCCUGCCGGUCCACGCCGCUCAGGGCUUCUACCCGUACGGCCAGUAUCCAUACGGGGACCCGUCCAGGGCCAAGACAGCCACCAGGGAGACCACCAGCACCCUGAAGGCCUGGCUGCAGGAGCACCAGAAGAACCCCUACCCCACCAAGGGGGAGAAGAUCAUGCUGGCCAUCAUCACCAGGAUGACUCUCACUCAGGUGUCGACGUGGUUCGCGAACGCGCGCAGGCGCCUGAAGAAGGAGAACAAGGUGACGUGGGGCCGCAGCGCAGAGGACCGCGACGGCCGCAUCUUCAGCAGCGACAACGAGGACGAGCCCGGCAAGACCGCGAGCGACGACGAGGACGAGGACGAGGAGAUCGAUCUGGAGACCGUGGACUUCGAGAGGCCCGAGGGGGGCUCCGGGAGGGGAGAGGGGGAGGCGGGCCUGUCAGUCAGAGAGCAGGCCUCGGAGAGCAGCAGGACGCUUUCUGUGGAGGCUCUGCGUGGAGGGGGGGCCGCUGUCAAGCUUGCUGUGGACCGUUCCCCCGGCAGACAGGAGUGUCAGAGACCCCCGCAGAGCAAACCGAAAAUCUGGUCCCUGGCUGAAACCGCCACGGCCCCCGACAGCUCGAAAAAACCCUCCCCGGCGGCCUACGCGCACCAGGCCGCCUUGGCGCCCGCCAGUCACCCGGCUUUACUCCCGGGUCACGGAAUAUACACGUGCCAGAUUGGCAAGCUGCACAACUGGGCCAACGCGGCUCUGCUCAAUGCCAACUCUCUUUUGAACAUGAGGUCGCUCCUCGGUGGCGCGCCGGCCGGACACCUGCCUCUCCAAGGCGCAGUGCCGGCUGCGCGUCAUGACGCGCGGCACGCGGCGGCGGCUGGCGCGGAGACGUCAGGGACGGAAAACGACAGCGACGUGGAGUCAACUGGAAGCUUGAGCCCAAAAGGAGAUGAUGAUGAAAGGGAGCGCAGGCCUGACCCCCUGAAGCCCCCCCUCCAGCUGAUCAGUGACAGACCUCACCAUGGAUCAGCGCCGCAGCGAGUUCUCACGUCAACACUAUGAGGAAAAAAAUUCUAUAAAAUAAAAAAAAAUAAAAAAAAGAUUUUAUUUAAUAAUAAAACAAUAAAUAAACAAAUAAAUGAAGGCUAUUUUUGUGAAAGGGCGACCCGUCGUCGUCGAAGCUUCAACGGAGACGGCUGCAGAUUUUUUUGUUUUUCUCUCUUUGGUGCUUUUUCUUUGUUUCGUCUGUUGCGAAUGGAAACUUUUCAAUUUGUAAAUACCGGAUAUGACUUUGUCUUUAAAGAAUAUAUAUUUU